CCAAACGUCAAAACAAAUCAACACGCGACUUGCCUCGCCGCACGUUUUCGGGAUCGAAAUUGAAUUUUGGACUAUUUUCCCCUAAAUGCAGUUGUUUCAAUAGUUUUCGACCAUGAAGUUUGCUUACAAGUUCAGCAACCUGCUCGGUUCGGUGUACCGCAAAGGCGCGCUUAUUUUCACCCCGGAUGGCAACUCCGUUAUCAGUCCGGUCGGGAACCGGAUCACCAUAUUCGAUUUGAAAAACAACAAAUCCCACACCCUUUCGCUGGAGAGCGAGCACAACUACACGGCGCUGGAUCUGUCCCCGAACGGGUGCACACUUGUGGCGGUCAACGAGGUGGGUGAGGCGCAGAUGAUCAGCAUGAUCUCGCACACCGUCAUUCAUCGGUACAAGUUUAAGGCGGAGGUGCGCGCGCUGCGGUUCAGCCCGGACGGGAAGUUCUUCGCGGCUUGCACGGGGAACUCCGUAAUUGUGUUCCGUGCGCCGGGGGAGCUCAGCGGGACGUACAACGCGUUUGUGGUGCAGCGGGCGUUUGAAAUCGCGUACGACGAGACGGUGUUUGUGGACUGGGCUUGCAAUUCGAAGGUUAUGGCGAUCGGAUCGAAGGACAAUUCGGUGCGCGUGCAGGGCGUUGAGUUUUUGAACAACUUCCGGCCGUUUAUACUUGGAGGGCACCGGGACGCGAUUGUGGGUUGCUUCUUUGAGGAGAAGACGCUGGACGUGAAUACGGUUAGCAAGGAUGGUCAGUUGAUGUUGUGGGAGUGCAGCGUUGAAGUUGAUGAUGUUACCAGCGGAGAUGGGCUGAUCCGGAUUAAGGAGGAACCGGAUGCUAAGAAGAGUCGGGAGUUGGAUGAGGACGAGCAGGAGGAUGAUGUCGGAGCUGACGAUGACUUUGAGAAUGCUACUGGGAAGGACAAGGAGUUGGAACACGUGCAAGGUGACUUUACCAAGGACGACGAUCGCGAUGAAAAGGGUCAACUGCUAAUCACUAAACCCAAGCAGAGCUUCAAGUACAAACGCCUCGCUCGGCACUACCUGGCGGACGAGGCCCGAAAGGAGAACCCCAAAGCCUUCGUGACCGCUUGCGCCUACAACAAACAGCUCAAAAUUCUCAUAACGGCCUUUUCCACCGGCGUGUUCUACCUGCACGAACUGCCCGACAUCAGCAUGAUUCACUCGUUGAGCAUCUCCGAGCACCGAAUCGACUCGGUAACGUUCAACAACACCGGCGACUGGAUCGCCCUCGGCGUUCCCGACGUUGGUCAACUCCUCGUUUGGGAGUGGCAGAGCGAGCAGUACGUCAUGAAGCAGCAGGGUCACUCCACCGGACUCAACUGCGUGACCUACUCCCCGGACGGACAACUCCUCGCCACCGGCGGUCUCGACGGCAAGGUCAAACUGUGGAACAUCACCAACGGCUUCUGCUUCGUCACCUUCAGCGAACACUCGAGCUCCGUUACCUCGGUAGAGUUCAGCGGUAACAAGAAAUUCUUCGUCAGCGCCUCGCUCGACGGAACCGUCCGCGCGUACGACAUCGUCCGCUAUCGCAACUUCCGCACCUUCACCUCCCCCGAACCCGUGCAAUUCGCCUCCGUCGCCGUUGACCAAUCCGGCGAACUUGUCGCCGCAGGCGGCCAAGACGUCUUCGAAAUCUACCUCUGGUCCAUGAAGCUCGGCCGUCUCCUCGAAGUCCUCAGCGGGCACGAAGGCCCCGUCGUGUCCCUCGCCUUCUCCCCCGUCCCCUCCUCCUCCGCCAUGGUUUCCGGCUCGUGGGACAAAUCCGUCCGCAUCUGGGACGCGCUCGAAUCCUCGUCCGCCCACGAAACCAUCGACGUCGGUUCGGACGUGGUCGCCGUGGCGUUCAAACCGAACGGUGAAGAAGUGGCCGUCGCGUCCCUUAACGGACACGUGUCGGUGUUUCACGUGAAAACCGCCCAACAGCUGGCGUCGAUCGAGGGACGGAACGAUCUCGGUGGCAGCGUGUCGGAGACGGAUUCGAGCACGGCCGAGAAGAAUCUGGCGGGGCGGGCGUUUACGUCGAUUUGCUACUCGGCGGACGGGGAGUGCAUCAUUUCGGGUGGGAGGAGCAAGUACGUGUGCAUUUAUCACGUGCGGGAGGCGAUUUUGCUGAAGAAGUUCCAGAUUACGCAGAACAGGAGCUUGGACGGGUUGGAUGAAUACAUCAACCGCAAAAACCUCACCGAGUUCGGCAACAUGGCCCUCGUCGAGGAGCGCGAACAGCUCGAGGGUGGCAACGUGGCCAUCGCCCUGCCCGGCGUUCGCCGCGGUGACCUCUCCGCCCGCAACCAAAAGCCCGAGAUCAACGUGUUUGCGGUGCGCUUUUCCCCCACCGGCCAGUCGUGGGCCGCCGCCACCACCGAGGGACUGCUGAUGUACUCGCUCAACAAGGGCAUCGUGUUCGAUCCGUACCAGCUGUCGGUGGAGAUCACUCCGAAGGCGACCCGCGAGCUGCUCCGCAAGCGGGACUUUUCCGCGGCGCUCAUCAUGGCGCUGAAGCUGAACGAAACCAGCCUGAUCCAGGAGGUCGUCGAGGGCGUGCCGUACAGGGAUGUUGAACUGAUUGUCCAAUCGAUGCCGGAUGAGUUUGCCCACCGGACGCUGCAGUUCGUGUCCAAGAUCGUGGGCACGAGUGCGCACAUCGAGUUCUACCUGAAGUGGGUGAACCUGCUGUUGACGCGGCUUGGCCAGCAGGAGAACGUGCUGACGCAGCAAACGCUGGUGCUGCUGCACCAGACGCUGAACCGGAAGUACGAGUCGUUGAACAAGAUAUGUGACUUUAACAAGUACACCAUUCAAGUGUUGAAAAACAUGUCUCGAAGAAAGGAAGCUGUCGAUGCGCAAAAAGAGAAGAAUGGAGUCGACAGCGAUAGCGAUGCCAGCGAUAGUGAGUUGAUGUUGAUUGCUCGGAAUGGGAAGAAGGUUGAGGAUGAUGAUGACGAGGAAAUGGAGGAAGAUUCGGAUUGAUGCUAGGUACAAGCAGAGUUUUGUACAGAAUUUUCAAUAAAUUACGGCUUAAAAUGUUUUCACAUUGUAUGUGAAGGUUACGCAGAAUAUAAGUAAUUUUAAUUAA